GUGUCGCUCCUGAAGAAAGCAAGACUGUUUCUUAAGGGUUUGGCAACUACAGUGCAAUCGCAGCGGUGAGCGCCUUGCGGGCUUCUUUUGAGGAUUCAGAGAAUAAUCACAAACAGAAAUACUGACUGUAAAAUAAAUAAAUAAAAAUAACCGAAAGAAACUCGUAUAUGGAUGUGGAUGUAACUGUUGCACCUUAAGUACAGAAAUGAGCCACUGAAAUUCGCGAGGAAGAAAAGGUUACCGUUAGCCCUUGGGGAGGCGCUCUGUUUCACCCCCUCCAAAAAAAAAAACUUCUUAAAUCAUGACGCCCCAAUGGCUGGCGUUGGCGUUCACCCUCCUGCAAGCCGGGCUCAACAGGGGGUUCCCCGCGACCCCGACGGGACCCCCGACGCGGACGACGAGCUUUUUCCGGGUGACGGACACCAGCCUGACGCACCUGACGGUGCACCGGACGACGGGAGACGUCUACGCGGGCGCGGUGAACCGGGUCUACAAGCUGUCCGCCAACCUGACCGAGCUGCGGUCGCACAUCACGGGCCCCGUGGAGGACAACGCCAAGUGCUACCCGCCGCCCAGCGUCCGCGCCUGCGCCCACCGCCUCGAGUCCUCGGACAACGUCAACAAGCUCCUGCUGGUGGACUACGCCGGCAACCGCCUGGUGGCCUGCGGCAGCAUCUGGCAGGGCGUGUGCCAGUUCCUCAGGCUGGAGGACCUCUUCAAGCUGGGCGAGCCCCACCACCGCAAGGAGCACUACCUCUCGGGCGCCCGGGAGGCUGACGGGAUGGCCGGGGUGGUGGUCGGCGACGACGAAGGGCCGGCGGGCGGCGGCGGCGGCGGCGGCGGCGGCGAGCCGAAGAAGAGGAAGAAAGGGGGCAGCCGGCUGUUCAUCGGGGCGGCCAUCGACGGCAAGUCCGAGUACUUUCCCACCUUGUCCAGCCGCAAGCUGGUGGCGGACGAGGACAGCGUCAACAUGUUCGGCCUGGUCUACCAGGACGAGUUCGUGUCCUCGCAGAUCAAGAUCCCCUCCGACACCCUCUCGACGUACCCGGCCUUCGACAUCUACUACGUGUACGGGUUCUCCAGCCGCACCUACAUCUACUUCCUGACGCUGCAGCUGGACACGCAGCUGACGCAGGACGCCACCGGCGAGAAGUUCUUCACCUCCAAGAUCGUGCGCAUGUGCUCCAACGACACCGAGUUCUACUCCUACGUGGAGUUCCCGCUGGGCUGCACCAAGGACGGGGUGGAGUACCGGCUGGUGCAGGCCGCCUACAAGCACCGCCCGGGCAAGCUGCUGGCCCAGGCCCUGGGGCUGUCGGAGGACGAGGACGUCCUCUUCGUGGUGUUCUCCCAGGGCCAGAAGAACCGGGCCAACCCGCCGCGCGAGACCGUGCUCUGCCUGUUCACCCUGCGCCAGGUCAACCUGGCCAUGAGGGAGAGGAUCAAGUCCUGUUACCGCGGCGAGGGCAAGUUGUCUCUGCCGUGGCUCCUCAACAAGGAGCUGCCCUGCAUCAACACGCCGAAGCAGAUCGGCGACGACUUCUGUGGGCUGGUGCUGAACCAGCCGCUGGGGGGCAUGCGGGUGAUCGAGGGCACCCCCCUGUUCGACGACCGCACCGAGGGCAUGGCCGCCGUCGCCGCGUACACCUACGGCGAGCACUCCGUGGUGUUCGUGGGCACCCGCAGCGGGCAGCUGAAGAAGAUAAGAGUGGAUGGCAUCCCCCCGCCUUCCCAGAAUGCCCUGCUGUACGAGACCGUUCCGGUGGUGGAGGGCAGCCCCAUCCAGCGGGACAUGGUCUUCAGCCCCGAUUACCUGCACAUCUACCUGCUGAGUGACAAACAGGUGAGCAGAGAGCCCGUGGAGAGCUGUGGGCAGUACCACACCUGCGGGGCGUGCCUGGGGUCCGGGGACCCCCACUGCGGCUGGUGUGUCCUGCACAACAAGUGUUCCCGGCAGGACGCGUGCGAAAAGUGGGCGGAGCCUCAGCGAUUCAACGUCGAGCUGGACCAGUGCGUGGACAUAAGCGUCACGCCGAACAACAUGUCCGUCACGUCCUCCUCCAUCCAGCUGAGCGUGAAGGUGCGCAACGUGCCCAACCUCUCCGCCGGGGUCACCUGCGUGUUCGAGGACCUGUCCGAGAGCCAGGGGGAGGUGCUGUCCAAGGGCCAGAUCUUCUGCAUGUCCCCCUCCCUGCGGGACGUCCCAGCACUGACUCAGGGAUAUGGCGACAAGCGCGUGGUCAGGCUGUCCCUGAAGUCCAAGGAGACGGACCGGAUAUUCAUCUCCACGGAUUUCAUCUUCUACAACUGCAGCGUGCUCCAGUCGUGCCUGUCCUGUGUGUCCAGCCCGUUCCCCUGUAACUGGUGUAAAUACAGACACAUCUGCACCAACAACCUGGCCGAGUGCUCCUUCCAGGAGGGGCGCGUCAGCAGCGUGGAGGGGUGCCCGCAGAUCCUGCCCAUCAGUGACAUCCUGGUGCCCGCGGGCAUCAUCCGGCCGAUCACCCUGCGCGCCCGCAACCUGCCCCAGCCGCAGUCGGGGCAGAAGAACUACGAGUGCGUGUUCAGCAUCCAGGGCAAGACCCAGAGGAUCCCCGCAGUGCGCUUCAACAGCUCCUGCAUCCAGUGCCAGAACACCUCGUACUGGUACGAUGGAGACGAGGUGGGUGAUCUCCCCGUGGAUUUCUCCAUCGUGUGGGACGGCGACUUCUUCAUCGACAAGCCGGCCAACAUGAAAGCGCUGCUGUAUAAGUGCGAGGCUCAGAGGGACAGCUGUGGCCUCUGUCUGAAGGCGGACGGCGCGUUCGAGUGCGGCUGGUGCCUGGGGGAGAAGCGCUGCCUCCUGCGGCAGCACUGCCACGCCCCCGAGCACAACUGGAUGCACCAGGGCCGCCGCAACGUGCGCUGCAGCCACCCGCGCAUCGCCAAGAUCCAGCCGCUGACGGGGCCCAAGGAGGGGGGCACGCGAGUGACGAUGGAGGGGGAGAACCUGGGCCUGCAGGUGCGGGAGAUCACCCACGUGCACGUGGCGGGGGUCCGCUGCACCCCCGUGCCGUCCGAGUACGUGAGCGCCGAGAGGAUUGUGUGUGACAUGGAGGAGUCGCUGCUCUCUAGCCCCCCCGGAGGCCCGGUGGAGCUGUGCAUCGGAGACUGCAGCGCUGACUACCGCGCCCUGUCCUCCCAGACCUACUCCUUCGUGACUCCCAGCUUUAACAGGGUCCGCCCGGAGAAGGGUCCCGUGUCGGGGGGGACCAGGCUGACCCUUUCGGGACGACACCUGGACGCGGGGAGCUCUGUGACCGUGUUCGUGGGCCAGGGGGAGUGUCUGUUCGUCAGACGAAACAAGCGGGACAUCGUCUGCGUGACCCCGCCCUCGCAGUCCGGCUCGGGCCCCUCCCCCAUCAGGCUGCGCAUCGACAAGGCGGAGGUGACCAGCGCGGACACGCGGUACCUGUACACGGACGACCCCACCAUCGCCAACAUCGAGCCCAACUGGAGCAUCAUGAAUGGAAGCACCUCCAUCACCGUCUCGGGCACCAACCUGCUCACCAUUCAGGAGCCCAAAGUGCGAGCCAAGUACGGAGGGGUGGAGACCACCAACGUGUGCAGUGUAGUGAACGAGUCUGUCAUGACGUGUCUGGCCCCGGGCAUCGUGUACGCCAAGCGGCAGGUGCCCGAGUCUGGCGUGCACCCGGACGAGUUCGGCUUCGUCCUGGAUCACGUGACCGCCUUGCUCAUCCUCAACGGGACGCCCUUCACCUACUACCCCAACCCCACCUUCGAUUCGCUGGGGAACUCUGGGAUACUGGAGGUCAAGCCGGGCUCGCCCAUCAUCCUGAAAGGAAAGAACCUCAUGCCUCCCGCCCCUGGGAACGCCCGUCUCAAUUACAGCGUUAUGAUUGGAGAAACCCCCUGUCUGUUAACCGUCUCCGAGUCGCAGCUGCUCUGCGACUCCCCCGACCUCACCGGGGAGCAGCGGGUCCUGAUUUUGGUGGGGGGGCUGGAGUACUCCCCGGGCACCCUGCACAUCUACUCGGACAGCGCGCUGACGCUGCCCGCCAUCAUCGGCAUCGGGGCGGGGGGCGGGGUCCUGCUGAUCGCCAUCAUCGCCGUGCUCAUCGCCUACAAGCGCAAGACGCGCGACGCGGACCGCACCCUCAAGCGCCUGCAGCUGCAGAUGGACAACCUGGAGUCCCGGGUCGCGCUGGAGUGCAAGGAGGCGUUCGCCGAGCUGCAGACGGACAUCCAGGAGCUGACCAACGACAUGGACGGCGUGAAGAUCCCCUUCCUGGAGUACCGCACCUACACCAUGAGGGUCAUGUUCCCCGGCAUCGAGGAGCACCCCAUCCUCAAAGAGCUGGACUCUCCCGCCAACGUGGAGAAGGCCCUGCGUCUCUUCAGCCAGCUGCUGCACAACAAGAUGUUCCUGCUCACCUUCAUCCACACGCUGGAGGCCCAGCGCUCCUUCUCCAUGCGCGACCGCGGCAACGUGGCCUCCCUCCUGAUGGCGGCGCUGCAGGGGCGCAUGGAGUACGCCACCGUGGUGCUCAAGCAGCUGCUGGCCGACCUGAUCGAGAAGAACCUGGAGAACCGCAACCACCCCAAGCUGCUGCUCCGGAGAACCGAGUCUGUGGCGGAGAAGAUGCUCACAAACUGGUUUACUUUCCUGCUGCAUCGAUUCCUCAAGGAGUGUGCAGGGGAGCCUCUCUUCAUGCUGUACUGUGCCAUUAAGCAGCAGAUGGAGAAGGGCCCCAUCGACGCCAUCACUGGAGAGGCCCGCUACUCCCUGAGCGAGGACAAGCUCAUCCGCCAGCAGAUCGACUACAAACAGCUGACGCUGAUGUGCAUUCCCCCGGAGGGCGAGGCGGGCACGGAGGUCCCGGUGAAGGUGCUGAACUGCGACACGGUGACGCAGGUGAAGGACAAGCUGCUGGACGCCGUGUACAAGGGCAUCCCCUUCUCCCAGAGGUCUCAGGCCGAGGACAUGGACCUGGAAUGGCGACAGGGACGUCUUACCCGGAUCAUCCUCCAGGAUGAAGACGUCACCACCAAGAUCGAGAGCGACUGGAAGAGGCUGAACACCCUGGCACACUACCAGGUAACGGACGGUUCCCUGGUGGCCCUGGUCCAGAAGCAGGUCUCGGCCUACAACAUCGCCAACUCCUUCACCUUCACCCGCUCCCUCAGCCGCUACGAGAGCCUCCUGAGGACGUCCAGCAGCCCGGACAGCCUGCGCUCCCGUGCCCCCAUGAUCACGCCCGACCAGGAGACGGGCACCAAGCUCUGGCACCUGGUGAAGAACCACGAGCACGCGGACCAGCGCGAGGGCGACCGCGGCAGCAAGAUGGUGUCCGAGAUCUACCUGACGCGCCUGCUGGCCACCAAGGGCACGCUGCAGAAGUUCGUGGACGACCUGUUCGAGACGGUCUUCAGCACGGCCCACCGGGGCAGCGCCCUGCCCCUCGCCAUAAAGUACAUGUUCGACUUCCUGGACGAGCAGGCGGACCGCCGGCAGAUCAGCGACCCCGACGUGCGGCACACCUGGAAGAGCAACUGCCUCCCGCUGAGGUUCUGGGUGAACGUGAUCAAGAACCCGCAGUUCGUCUUCGACAUCCACAAGAGCAGCAUCACGGACGCCUGCCUGUCGGUGGUGGCCCAGACCUUCAUGGACUCCUGCUCCACCUCCGAGCACCGGCUGGGCAAGGACUCGCCCUCCAACAAGCUGCUCUACGCCAAGGACAUCCCCAACUACAAGAGCUGGGUGGAGAGGUAUUACAGAGACAUAAGCAAGAUGCCCAGCAUCAGCGACCAGGAUAUGGAUGCCUAUCUGGUGGAGCAGUCCCGUCUCCAUGCCAACGAAUUCAACCCACUCAGUGCCCUCAGCGAGCUCUACUUCUACAUCAGCAAGUACAAAGAGGAGAUCCUGACGGCGUUGGACAGGGACGGAUACUGCCGCAAACACAAACUGCGACACAAACUGGAACAAGCCAUUAACCUGAUGUCAGGCAGCAGCUGAGGAGAGGGGCCGGGGGGGGGGGGGGUUUUGUGGGGAAAGGGGCAGGGUUUUGGGGUUGGGGGGGGAGGGGGGGCGGGGUUAGUGGCAGGGGGCGGGGUUUUUUGGUGAACUGGCCUGUGCUGGGUCAUGAGCGGAUGAUGUGAGACACUGGACAAUCAACACUAAAGAACCACAGCACAGCGUACUGAGCCCAGGGUCCUCGGCACGGACCCCGCGGUCCGACCCGCUCUCCCUUGACGCCGUUUCUGCCGCAGCAGCGACGCGCAACGAUUUCCGUCCGAUGUUUUUUUUGGGGGGGGAUUUUUUUGUUCGUUUUUUUUUUUUCGUUUUUAAUUCUCCACACUGGCUUUUUCCCCAAUGGAAAAAAAAAAAAAAAAACGAAUCAAAAAAAAAAAAAAGAAAACUUUAGUAACUGCCUGACCGUAUGGAGGGAAAACUGCUGUGCAUCUUAUGAGAUACAUUCCAUGAAAGGCAUACAUACCGUUGCCUUGGAAACUGUGCUGAAUUGCCAAGCUAGUGCCAUGGAUAAAAUAAUAGUUUUUGGUCUUGGAUGAAAGAAUGAUGACAAUGCUAUUGAUAAAGAUGACAGUCAAAAAAAAGAAAAGAAAAAAAACAGACACA